UCAAACUGAAAAUCAAGUUUCUAUUUUUUAAGUAAACCAUGAUUGAAAAAAAAACCUCACCAUAUGACAAUCCAAGUAAAAAAUAUCUUGCUUCUCUAGAUAUUGUGCUGUAAUUAUAACCUCUAGAUCUGCUCUGCUGUUGCUGCUGUUAUUCAUGUUCACUAUGUCUCUCAAUCUCUGUUUCUACUCAAACUCUCCAACAAUCACUCCUCCAAGAUCCAAUCUUUACACUUUUCCAAAGCCACACCGCAUCAAAUGUCUUGACAGAAGCCAAGAAAAAGCUCCACAAAAUAAGUCCAAAUUGAGAUUGCAGAACAUACUCUCCACUGCAGCAAGUCUUUACCCUGUCUAUGUGACUGCUGGAGGGGCUCUUGCAUGUGUAAAGCCUUCAGCUUUCUCUUGGUUUGUCCAUCUGGGACCAACUUCUUAUAGCCUCUCUCUUGCUUUCAUAAUGCUGGCCAUGGGACUCACUCUGGAGCUCAAAGAUCUCUUGGGCCUCUUCAAGCAAAAACCUUUGUCAAUUCUGUUCGGAUGUGUAGCUCAGUAUACAAUCAUGCCGGUUUUCGGAGCAAUAGUUAGCAGAACAUUAGGCCUUUCACCAUCCCUCUCUGUUGGUUUGAUAUUGCUGGCAUGUUGUCCUGGUGGUACUGCCUCCAAUGUGGUGACUUUGAUAGCUCAAGGAGAUGUUCCUUUAUCCAUAGUGAUGACAGUUUGCACUACUCUUGCUGCAGUGGUUGCCACUCCUCUUUUAACUAAACUUCUUGCAGGGACUUAUGUUCCUGUUGAUGCUCUGAAGUUAUCUCUCAGUACUCUGCAGGUAGUCGUUGCUCCAGUUCUCUUGGGUUCUUAUAUGCAAAGCAAAUUUCCAUCCUUUGUGAAAGCCAUACUCCCAUUUGCUCCACUACUUGCUGUUCUAACUUCAUCACUUCUUGCAAGCAGUGUUUUUUCUGAAAAUUUUGUGCGGCUUAAAUCAUCUUUGGCCGGAGAUUUGGGUACUGUCAUACUGUCAGUCCUAUUAUUGCAUUUCGCCGGAUUCUUCAUCGGGUAUUUGGUGUCACUGAUUGCUGGUUUCGGAGAACGACAGCGACGAGCAAUAUCAAUUGAGGUUGGCAUGCAAAACUCAUCACUUGGUGUUGUUUUAGCAACCUCUCACUUCUCAUCUCCACUGGUUGCUCUACCAGCUGCUCUUUCAGCAAUCCUCAUGAAUAUCAUGGGAAGCACUCUUGGUUUCAUUUGGAGAUACAUUGAUCCUUCUGAUACAAAAGAAAAUCAAAAUUCAAUUGUCAAUAACUAUUAAUUCCAGUUACUGUCAAUAUAUAAGAACAGUGGUUGAUAAAUAUAAGUUAUAUAACUGUAAUUCACUAGAUAUUUUCUUCUUUGAGGACAAAUGGAACUUUUUUUUUUUGUCAAAAAGGUCCCAAAUCUCAGAAGAUAAGAUUCUCACAAUCCAAAGGACCACAACACUCACUCAUUCUGUAAUCAAGCACUGAAACCACCCAAAAAAAUCUCAUCUUUUUUUUCAGGAAGAGAAAAGAUCCAAUU